UGACUGCUCACUAGUCACUCAUUCAAGGAAAGAAAUUGUCAGUGUCAGUCGGUCGGUCAACUUUGCUUGUUUUGAGUUGCUGUCUUCAUUUCGUAACGACUGUUUUCUCUUCGUGGCGAUCAAAUAUUACUGUGAUACAUUUAAAUAAAAUAAAAGUAAAUAAAAAUAUGCGCUUCUUCGUGUUGUUUUCAAAAUUAGAUGUUGAAUUUAUUAUUUUUCCAAGAAAAGAACAUUAGUGAUGUGUAUAACUGUGAACAGGUGAUUUCAAACCAUAUGCUUCAAAGUUUACGAUACAAUUUUUAAAAAUCUGAUGUGGGAAAACAGUGCCGAGUUGACGGAUAUCUUUCUUCUUUUAAAUGAAAGGGAAAAGUUGUUUAUCCGAUUCGCAGAUGAGUAAAGAUGUCAACAGAAGGGAGUGGAGAGACACCUUCGACUGUACCAAGUUUGCCGGGGGUACCUGAGCAAACGUAUCUUUUUCCUAAAGUGAAAGGACAUUCGAGAUCCAUUAGUCAUGGAGGGACUCCGAUGCUGGCAGGCAAUCCUGCGGCAUCUAGGCCACCGCUCAAGUCGGCUAUGCGUGGUCAUCAACGAGCGCUGUCUCACGGACAAAUCGGCGAAGGUCCACGCGCUGCGUCUGGGCCGGGCCACAGUAGAACUGGCAGUAGGACCGAGUUCAUAUUGCCGCCGGGCCAUCGAGAUGCGGCUCCAGCGAGUGCGCAGCCCCGGAUCACUUCCGUCAGAGGCCAUCACUCGCGCCAGGCUUCCCGAUCGGACUCUAUCUACACCUUACGGCGCGCCUCAGUCGUGGCGCCAUGGCGACGCGCGGUUUUCUGGCUCAUGCGGAGACAGCAACCUGCCAUUGACAAUAGGCACCUCAUUGUCAUACCAAAUCAUUUGGUCCCUGAUAAAACACCACCUAAAGACCAUCCCAAUGGUCAUAGAUGCAAUAACAAAAUCAGGACUACCAAAUACACAUUGCUGUCUUUUUUACCUAAGAAUUUGUUUGAACAGUUCCAUAGGAUUGCGAACGUGUAUUUUAUAUUUAUAGUGCUACUGAACUGGGUGCCUGCUAUAAACACAUUUGGCAAAGAAGUGGCUAUGCUACCAGUGUUGUUUGUGUUAACAGUGACUGCUAUUAAGGACCUUUUCGAAGAUCGCAGGAGACACAUGUCCGAUAAACGGAUAAACAACUCUUUCUGUCGAGUCUACAAAAAAUCAAUGGAAAGGUACGUGCGAAUGAAAUGGAAGGAUGUGCGAGUCGGGGACCUCGUGCACUUGUCGAACAACGAAGCGGUGCCGGCGGACAUGGUGCUGCUGCAGUCGUCGAACCCUCUUGGCAUCUGCUAUCUCGAUACAUGCAAUCUGGAUGGAGAGACAAAUUUAAAGCAGAGAAUCGUCGCUCCAGGCUUUAAAGAAAAGCAACUCGAGUUCAAUCCAUUAAAAUUCAAAAGCACGGUGGAGGUGGAGAGACCGUCAACGAAAAUAUACAGAUUUACUGGCACAAUAUCACAUCCGAACGGAAGAAGAGUUCCUUUAAAUUCAGACAAUCUACUUUUACGAGAUUGCACUAUUAAAAACACAGAUUACGUCGAAGGAAUAGUCGUCUAUGCGGGACAUGAAACAAAGGCUAUGCUCAACAAUGGUGGGCCGAGAUACAAAUGUUCCAAAUUAGAAAGAAAGAUGAACACAGACGUGAUUUGGUGCGUCUUAGUACUGUUGUUUCUUUGCUGCGCUGGCGCCGUCGGAUGCAAAGUAUGGUUCGACCACUACUACCCAUAUCUUAAUAAGUUUACGCCGUUCAUUCCCUAUGCAGAUAAACCGACACACGAGGGCCUGUUAAUAUUCUGGACGUACAUAAUAGUACUACAGGUCAUGAUACCGGUCUCUCUAUAUGUUACAAUAGAAAUGACGAAACUAUUGCAAGUGUAUCACAUACAUCAGGACGUCGAGAUGUACGACUCGGUAACGAAUACGCGAACGGAAUGUAGAGCGUUAAAUAUCACUGAAGAAUUGGGUCAGAUUAGUUAUUUGUUCAGUGACAAAACUGGCACGUUGACGGAAAACAAAAUGGUAUUUCGGCGAUGUACAGUGGGGGGAGUGGAUUAUGAUCAUCCGCCUGGUCCUGAUGCCGAGCCUUCGGAGGAGCUCCCCCCUAUAGUCACACCUAUUACCAAAGUAUCACCCAAUAGAAGAAUGCUUCAACAUUUACUCGAUAGCAAUGACGGCCAACAUACACAAAAAGUCCGCGAGUUCCUACUGAUUCUUGCCGUGUGUAACACCGUGGUGGUCAGCCAACCUCACGUUGAUUCCUUAAGUAAUUCCACCACGAGCGAUCAAUUUCGAGCCCAGAAGACCUCCAGAGCAAACGGAACCCUACGAUCUAACGAUAAAUACGCUCGGUUGACUGAAUCCAGAUCGACGACGCCGUCGCCGCCGCCGUCGACGACAUCGCCCUUACGUAUUCGACUACCGAAAUUGCCAUUUGGAAGUAGAGAUGAUAAUUCUAGUGAGCCGAGUACAUCUGCGGAAGUACAAUUGGCACGUUUCGAAGCAGAAAGUCCUGACGAGCUAGCCCUGGCCGAGGCGGCCUUGGCCUACGGCUACGAGCUCAGAGGCCGAGCGCCUGAUGAGGUGGAACUCGGUGUGAGGGGCGAGUUGACCAAGCUGAAGGUUCUAAGAGUACAACAGUUCGACUCCAAUAGGAAGUGCAUGUCGGUUGCUAUGCGGACUCCAACGGGACAGGUGGUGGUGUACGUGAAGGGCGCGGACAGCACGGUGCUGGGCGCGCUGGCCCCGAUGCGCGCGGGCUCUGCGGAGGCGGGCGCGUACGAGCGCACGCGCGCGCUGCUGUCGGAGUACUCGCGCGCCGGCCUGCGCACGCUCGUCAUGGCCAAGCGCACCAUGCAACCCGCGCUGUGGGAGGAGUGGCUCGCGGGACACAACCGCGCCUGUGAGAUUGCGGAAGGACGGGAGAAGCGUAUCCGGGAGUCUCUGGCGCGGCUCGAAAGCGCGCUCAGCCUGGUCGGCGCGACGGGCGUGGAGGACCGGCUGCAGGAGCACGUGCCGCGCACCGUGCGCGCGCUGCUCGACGCCGGCAUCGUCGUGUGGGUGCUCACCGGGGAUAAACCGGAGACCGCCAUCAAUAUUGCGUACUCGGCCGCGCUGUUCUCGCAGAGCGAUAGACUGCUGCACCUGAUGUCCAGGGAUAAGGAGCACGCAGAGUCCACAAUCAAGAGUUACCUAGAAGGUGGUGUAGAGGGCGGCGGUCGCGCGCUGGUGGUGGACGGGCGCACGCUCACGUACAUCCUGGACCGGCGCUCGGGGCUCGUGGCGCCGUUCCUGUCGCUCGCGCGCCGCUGCUCCGCCGUGCUGUGCUGCCGCGCCACGCCGCUUCAGAAGGCGUACAUCGUCAAGGCAGUUAAAGAAGAGCUGGGAGUGACGACGCUUGCCAUAGGUGAUGGAGCAAAUGACGUGUCCAUGAUCCAAACGGCUGAUGUUGGCAUUGGUCUCUCGGGCCAGGAAGGCAAGCAGGCGGUGAUGGCGUCGGACUUCGCGCUAUCCCGGUUCAAGUUCAUCGAGCGGCUGCUGCUCGUGCACGGACAUUGGUGCUAUGAUAGACUCGCCAGGAUGAUACUCUACUUCUUCCUUAAGAAUGCCACAUUUGUGUUCCUAAUCUUCUGGUACCAGUUUUUCUGCGGUUUUUCAUCAUCUGUGAUGAUCGACCAGUUGCAUUUAAUGGCAUAUAAUCUUAUGUUCACUGCAGUUCCUCCUAUUGUUAUUGGUGCCUACGACCGUGUAGCGCCAGCCGCUCUCCUAACCGAACGCCCGGGACUAUACAGCGCGUCCCGUCGCGGACUGGCCUACCGCGCGCACUCGUACUGGCUCGUGCUAGUCGAGUCGCUAUACAUCAGUGUGGUGAUCUUCUUCGUCGCGGCCGCUUCGUACUGGGACACGGACGUGGAUAUAUGGGCCUUUGGGGACUGUAACAUGACUGCUUGUCUAGUUGUCAUGUUGAUGUAUGUCGCUAUUGAGACGAGGAGCUGGACGGUGAUCCAAGUGGUGGCGCUGGGCGGGUCGCUGGGCUCGUUCUUCGCGCUGACGCUGGUGUACCAGGCGGUGUGCGUGUCGUGCUUCAACCUGCCGUCCACGUUCCGUGUGCUGCAGCACGCGCUGGCCGACCCGCUGUACUGGCUCGUCGUCGUGCUCACUACCGUGGCCGCGCUCGCGCCCAGGCUGGCGGUGGCUGCGGUGCGCAACUCGUGGCGGCCGGGCGCGGUGCGGCGCGCGGUGGCGGCGCGGCGCCGGGCGCGCUCGCGGCUGCCCUACGCCGCGCACUACCACACGCCCACCGCCUCCGCGCACGUCUACAGACCAACAGAUGAAGACGGCCUUCAGAAGAGCCAAUCGGAAGUGGCGGCGAUAACGUGACGGUGAAACUUGAGCGUUUGUUACAGAUUUACUUACACGCGACUCGCCCGCGCGGGACAUUCAAACCUAGGCUGUGAUCUGUCGAUAGAAUUAUUGUAUAGACUUUACGUGCUUUUAUACUAACGCGGGACCAAGUCGUCACGUCUCAGAGGACGGAAAAAAUUCAACGAUGAUUUCAUAAAAUAUAUACACUUUGUAAAAGUUAAACCGACGUUCGGUGGGCAUCCGAUUAGGAUUUGCAAUAUUGUAUUUAGUUUUAUCAACUUCGACUCGACUAAUGUACUUACUUCGCCGCAAGGCGGAAUCGAAAUUGAAUUCCAGUUUUUGCUUGCCAACAUGGCGUCGGCCAAAAGUAAUCUCAUGCCAAUGUUCGAUCUCGGCGGACGCGAGACCGGUUGUAAGCCCGGUUUUAGGUGUUCGGAGGAAAUGUAACGCGAGUGAUAUUAUGAAUGCUGAUAGAUGGUGUAUUUUUGUAAGGAAGUGUUGUCGGCUUCCCUCGUGUGUUGUCGCCUUAAAGCCUUGCUUUCUCAUAGACUGCACGCGUCUGGGCCACCCUUUACUUGGACGUGAAACAUGCACUAAUUACUAUUUUAUAUAUAUCAUUAUCAAUUUAAUCGACAUUAAAAUGAACUUAACCAAGUAUUAUUAUGCCCUGCGAUCUUAAAUAUUUUUGUUUCAUUUUUAAUGUAUUUCUGUAUCAGCGUUUACGUAGUCAGCAGUAAAUAACUUUAUACUAUCUUAAUGAGUCAUAUUUCAUUUAAAUUUUAAAUCAACAUAAACAAGUGAUUAACAAACCAAUGCAUCUAAAUUGAUAUUUAAUUUUUUGUUGAAUUAAUUAAAAGCUAAUAGUAAAUUAUAUGUACGCUACAUAUCAGUACAUCAUUAGUCUGCGUGUAGUUUGAACCUUUUUAGUACAAUCUAAUUGUACCGUUAGUGUUAUCGUUUUCAAAACAACACGUAAUAAAAGUGCCUUUGAAUACAUAAUUACUGCAUGUCUCACUCCCAAGCCUCUGCCUACGACUAGAUAUUUCCUAAAGAUUUGACUAUUUUUAAUACUGUUUCUAGUUAUUGUAAAUACAUACAAAUUAUAUAUUUCUACAUUGACAAUGAUUGUUAUAUGUACAGUAGGAUAUUUUUUAUAUUUAAUAAAUAUUUGUGUAAAUAACUUGUAUGUUCUAAGACUGUUGUUUAUUUAAAGCUUUUAAUUUGUUGAGUUAAAUUAAACGAAUAGGGUAAAUGCUGAAGUAUGUAUUUUCCAGUCAUUUGAUGAGUUUGCUGAUUACAGAAUGCCCGAGGGCGAUUCUAAUUUCUUGCCAUAAACACGAGUAUUCGCGAAUGUUUACACUUGAUAACCACAUUGUGAAACUAAGAAAUUAAACCGAAUCUUUAUUUACAAAUAUUAUGUUUUUGCUUUAUUUAUUUCGUUUUUGAUACACGCGAUGCCUAGGACUUUGUUCGAAUAACUGAUGAUAAUGUUGCAUACACCUGUUAUUUGCACAGGUAUUUUACGUAAAGUUUGAUAUACAUAUAAUAAAUUAAAAAAUAUUGUAUUCUAGUUACCGGCGCGUAGUAUUCGGAUUAUUUAGCAGUAUUUUUAAAUUAUACCUAACUAGUCUUGUCAACGAAUGUUAGUAUUUAUCCAGCAUUUGUUAUUUAAGUUAGUCUUCUAAAAUUAUCUUCCAUUUAUUAAUUUACAUAUAACAAGUAUGCUUUGAGCGUUUGUUUGUAACAUCUCAUAUGCAGCUCUUGCAGUGUACAGAACCAAUGUCGGAAUCUAUGUAUCACCUGAUAUUAGACAGCACAGAAGAGCACAGUGAUGACUAGAAAAUACAUUAAUAUUCAAAUGUGUUGUUUUUAAAUAAUAACAAAAUAUUUAAUUUUUAAAAA